AUGUAAUCUGAAGCGUAUGUAACUCGAGGUACCACUGUACUGAACUGCCAAGUGCCUCAUUUCUUAAAUGAAUGUGCCUGCAACAAGGCUCACUGCAUGCAGUAUGAGAUUUAAGCUGAUGUCCAGAUCCUUAUUUCUAGUUCUCUGUCUUUUAUUUAGCAUGGAACAGUAUAAAUGAGGAACUGACAUUUUCAAUCCUUUGUACACCAAAAUAAGAUCUAAGGCAGAGACAAGCUGAAAUACGGUUUUCUAUUUUUCCUUUGUACGGUAGACUAGUUUCUACUUGCGCACACCACACUCUGACCCCCAUCUGCGUUAUUCGUGUAAAGUAGCGUCAUAGCACUUUAAGCAGUCGUGGCUUUCACCCAAAGAAUCCUGGGAACUGUAGUCCGUUAAAGAUGCCGAUCAUUGUUAGGAGACCUCCUCUUCCUAUCACAAAGUUACAAUCCCCAUUCAAACUCUAUUCUAGGGGAUGCUAGGAAUUAUAGCUCUCUGGUGGGGAAAGGGGAUCUCCUAACUUUCCUCAUCACUCUUAAUCUACAGUUCCCAGGAUUUUUUGGGGGGUGGGGGCUUCUUUAGUGGCAUACAGCUUUAAACGUAUAGCGCUGGUGGGGUCUUUGUCCUCCAUCCAGAGAAGCAAAGAGGCAUUGUUAAAGUUGAAAGAGCGAGCAAAAAAACAAACAUCUAAGAGGAUAUGAAACGGCGCGGCUGAGGAGGGGUGUAGCCUGGGCGGGGUUGUAGGUUGGGGAAAGACUCUCUAUCCCUGAAGUACGGCUUGCACCUUAGUUCCAAGCGGCCAUCAAUCUGAAACCCAGCCUGCGAAGUGCGCUGCAGCCGGCGCGGAAGCACGAGAAGCCGGCGCCGCUCUCGAGGCAGGAAACCCGGCGGGCGCGACCCUCGUGGCUUCCAUGGUCCCGGGUCGGCUCUCCUCCCCUGGGGGCGGAGUGGAAAGGCGGGGCUUGCGGACGCGCAAACACAAGUCGGGGCGAGGCGGGCACCGCGAGUUCCGGGCCGCGAGCGGGGCAGCAGAGCGCGGCGACUGAGUCAUGGAGAGCGGCGACGGCGGCGGCGGCGGCGCCUACGGAGCUGCCAAGGCGGGCGGCACCUUCGACCCGUGGCGCUUCUUGCAGCAGCCGCAGGUCAUCGCGCGCCUUCUGAGUGCGGUGAGUGGCGUCGGGCCGGGGCUGCCGGAACGCAGCGCGGAAGUUGGGCUCUGAACUUUUGCAGAGGCCGCCGGGCUCCUUCCUAACCCCGGGCAAGUCGGCGCGCGCGCGCCCCCACGCUGCGCUUGGCCGCGAAGGAGGGCGAGCGAGUGGCCAGGGUGCCACGAGCUAGUGGCCCAGGUGAGGCUGGCGUAGCUGAGGCGGGGCCGUUAGGCACCCGGGCCGUGUCUCCUGCCAUCACCCUAGGAGGGGAAGUAGUUGAGGCGGAGCAAUGCGGUGUCAUGCAGCGCCGUCGGGAAUGGAGACACCUGCUGGAGGCAACGGAAGCCGCCGCCGCCGCCACCCCGGGCGUCGGCUAGGAGGAGUCUCUGAAGAAGACGCGUGGCCAAGUCCUCUGGAAAUUAUCCACUUCGGGCCAGUGGCGGGUCCCUCAGCUCUCGGCCCCCGAGGCCGCAUACAGACGGCAGGUGCGCCCUGGCGGCGCGUCUCCCGCGCUGCGCCCCGUCUCUCUCGGCCGGCGGGGAGCCCCGCGCGUGGGAACCGGGCAGGGGCCGCUUCUGGUUGGCCCGCCUCCGGCCGCUGCCUCGCUCCCAUUCACUUGCUUAGGAUUGGGCAACUCUGCCGAAUAAAGUCCACCGCUUUGUAUUGCGGGUUGUUUGAGGAGAAAGCAGCCUGUCAUAUGGCUGUCAGCUGAUAGGCCUUGAGCGGAGCUAGGCUGUUGCCUUCCUUGCCUUUUGACAAGCUGGGUGCUCAAGGCUUCUGGGUCUGUAACAAAAAGAGGAACGCCCUUCCCUAGGGGCAGCGUUUGUAGAUGGAGAGAAACUCUUCAGAUAUAGGGGUCGUUUGCUUGGCAGUAAGGAAGAGCGAAACUGCUUAGGAAGCAGCUGGCUCCCCAGUUUUGCUAGACCCAGUAAGACAGAUCCUUUCAUGGCUGGUUCCUCCAAAAGAGCAUUUCCCAAGCUUGGGUCUUCAGCUGUUUUGUACUACAGUUCCCAUCAUUCCUGACCACUAGUCCUGACAACUACAGGUGAUGGGAGUUGUAGUCCAAAACCAGCCGGAGACCCAAGUUUGGGAAGCUGUGCUCCAAACAUUCUGAGGGAAAGUUAUGCUUCUAGUCCUCUGGUUUUCAGUGAGGGUUCUAGGAGCAUCUUCCAGAGGUGAUGUGAAAUUCUGUCAAUAAUGGCACUCCUUAAGGACAAUCUAAAAGCAUUAUCAGGUACUUAUAAUGGGAGGGGGCAGGCACGGAGGGUUGAAGUUAUGUAGGAAAUCAUGUCAUGUUAGCAGAGGUUAACAGGCCUGAGUCCUGCUUGCCUCAUUUGAAAGACAUUUUCUUGAGAGGUGAGCAAGUGCACUUCAAGCAUGCUUGAUUUUUGACCUGUGGCUGAGAGCAGCUUGUUACUGGUGAGGAGAAAAUGACAGCUUUAAAAUUAGUUGGGAAGGUGGAGAGAUCUGUCUGAACCCUGAAGCGGCUUUGACAAGUCAAGAGGGAAGGCUCCUCAGCCAUUUGUAUGGUGCUCUUUCUGGGAUGCACCGAUCUCCAGUGCCAGGUGGUCUCAAACAAAACUCCUUAUCUUAGCUGGCAUGAUGUCCAGCACCCAGCUAUAAUUAUUGCUCCUCUUUUCCUUAGGGUGAGGUUUGAACUAUUGAGGCCUCUGCUGCUCCGUACUUUGUUCAGAAUGAAUGCAAUGCAAUUCUCAGCUGUGCACAAAGAUGCAGGUUGGGACCUUGCAAGGGUAAUGUUUUGCAUAGAGGUGGGAUUUCGGUAUUUAAUGGUCCCAAGUUAUGAUGUUAAAAGCACAUGAGGCCACCAUCUUGCUGAAGCUAAGCAGGUCUGGUCAGUAACUGGAUGGGUGACCACCUCAGAACAUGUACACUGCUGGGUUCCAUGAUGUCAGAGAGAUGGGAUUUAAAUGAAAUCAUAGUUGAUUUGUGCCUUAGCGGAAGCACCUCACUACUCUGGAAGAUGGUGGGUAGCAUUGUACUUUUUUUGUUGUUGCAGAUUUUCGCACUCAUUGUUUUCUCCUGCAUCAUUGGUGAAGGCUACACCAACCAUUCUUCAUCCGACAAGCUGUACUGCGUCUUCAACCACAGUGAGGAUGCUUGUCGUUACGGCAUUGGCAUCGGAGUGAUUGCCUUCCUGGCUUGUGUAUUCUUCUUGAUGGUGGAUAUCUACUUCCCACAGAUUAGCAAUGCCACUGAUCGCAAGUACCUCGUUAUGGCCGACCUGGGCUUCUCAGGUAUUUCUUUUUGGGAGGUGUGACAUGAAACAAGUCCUUGUGGGGAGGGAGGGCAAGGCUCCGCACAUGUUCUCUUCCUCCUCUCUCUUUUCCCCACCCCCUUUGCAGAGCUGGACAAUGCCUUCCCUUGUUUUCUCUCAGUAUGAUGUGAGUCUGGAACAGCUCAGCUCCCCUGGCAUGCUGCCUGCGAGGGCUUGUUUUGUCUGAAUGAAAGUGUCUUCCAGGAGAGACUGCCUGUUUUCCUAAAAACACUGGGAUGCUAUAUUAUUGGUAAAGAUUAGUGCUGGGCAAGGAGGAGACACCAUUGAAUGGGUGCCCCUUUGUUCCCUGACGUAAACGCCACAUGCCUUAAUACCUUGAAAAAAAUGUCACACGUUUCUUUAAGGGGGCUUCUAGAUAGCGUUUGUUCUACUUUGAGAAACAGGAGAUUCUGGACUCCCAUUCCAGGCCUUGGCCUAGAUUAACUAAUACUAUAAUCAAAACUUGGCCCACACAUCCUUCUGAGACGGUUGCAGAAUAUGCCCAUUUUGUUCAGUGUAAGGUCUCCUCCAGACUGUCAAUACUUUGUGGGAGGGAUUCAGGUGCAUACCAGAAAUUCAAAGCACUUUAAAUCUGCAAAUCUAAAGUGCUUCGCUGCCCUAGAACAAUAAAUCCAUUAAACAAAUUAUGUAGUUUGGAAAGCGAUGGGGGAAAAGUGUGAUGCAUUGAAAAGGGUGAGAUAAACAAAUGACUAACAGGAAGAUGUGGAACAUCCCACAGGCAAAUCAGGAUGAAUGCUCAUAGUUACAUAACUGCCCCCCAAAAUUAUAAAUGAAUGCUCAGUAACGAUAAGACAAAAAGCCGGGUAGCUUUUGUGCAAACAAGCUGGAAAUAAUGCUCAUUAAACAAGUUGUCUGGAGGAGCCGUAGAAUUUCCUGAUAACCAGAGCACAAGUGGCAGGUAUUUUAUCAUAUAGUUGUAGCCCCAGUUGAUAGCAGGAGCAGAAUGGUAGUGCUCUGUACUGCAGGCUUCCCCAGCCUGGUGCCCUCCAGAUAUUGCCAACUAUCUGCGACCAUGGGCCAUUCUGGCUGCGGUUAGUGGGAGGUGUCCCAGCACACCUGGAGCACACCAGGUCGGGGUAAGUUGUUCUCCUGUAACUUCAGCUGAAGGGUGCCUGUGCUUCUGUGAAAUUUGAAGAGACUGGCAAAAUAACCAGCAAGUAAGCAAAAAGGAAUAGAGACCUACAGUUGUAUUCAAUGCUGUGCAAACAGAAUGGGACGUUCCCCUCCUUCUGCAGCAUGCCCCCAAAUCAGCUCAAGGGUCCCCAAGCCUCAGGAGCUGGGAGUAUUGCCUGACUAGAAGUCUGUUUUGGCACUGAAGCUGUGGCAUCAGUUACAGCCCUUAGAACAGGGCUUAUCGUAGGCCUUCAUAUUCUGUUAAUAAGUCACCCAGUCUCUUCCACUCUUGCUAAAUAUAUUUUUUUCUCUUUGUGCAGCUCUCUGGGCCUUUCUGUGGUUUAUUGGGUUCUGCGUGCUGACAAACCAGUGGGCAUCAACACCUCCCAAAGAUGUAUCGAUUGGAGCCGACUCUGCCCGUGCUUCAAUUGCCUUCAGCUUUUUCUCCAUCUUCUCAUGGGUGAGUGAGGGUUUCUCUCUGGCCCAAGGAAGUCCAAGGCUGAAGUCAGGCAGGCUGCCAGCUUGCCAGCCCUGAACUGGGGAUUGGCUAUGAAACUGAUAAUUAGUUUGCCAGCGCCUGUUAAACUGAGCUCAAAACAAGCAACCAGCUCAGAUCUCUCUGGCGUUGCCUCACAAGGUGGCCGUAGAAUUUCCCUGGCCUUCCCAUCCAAAACAAAGCAAUGCUACUAAACUACCUUACAGAGGAACGGCUGUAUAAAUGGCUGUUGCAUGUGACCAACUCUUCACAGACCCAUCCUGGUCCUUGCCAGCCAGAGCUAAUAGCUUGUUUCUGUCCACAGGGGCUCCUGAUCACCUUUGCACUUCAGCGCUACCGCAUGGGGGUGCAAGAUUUUGACCACAGCUACGUUGACCCAGCUCCAGGUCCUGUGCCCCCCUACUCAAGCUACCCCAAUGUUGGUCAUGAGAGCUACCAGCAGCCACCCUUCACUCCUCGCACCGGAGAGGACUCUGAGGGCUACCAGCCUCCCCCUGUGUAUUGAUUGCUACUAGCACUGUUUAAAGCAGCUCAUGUGGGGAAUAGCCACCUAAGUGCAAUUGAUUCACUUGCUUGGGUUGGGGAAAGGCAUCUACUGUGAAGAGUAAGAAUGCCACAGCUUAACUUUUGUGUGUGCGUGUGCAUUGGGUUCUGGGGUAUCCUUGCUGUUUUCUACCCUUGCAGAAAAUACUUCGCUCCCCCCUCAGGGGUGUGAGAGGCUUUCUUUCUGGCCUGUGUGUGACGUGCAAGGCAUAAUAGUUGCCAAAAAAAUACGCAGAGGAUAUUCAGCUAACUCUAUAACAGGAGCUAGAGAUUUCAUCCAGCAGUUAAGGCAAGCGUCCCGUUACGUUGCUUCCUACUGCAGUUAUCGUAGCGGGACCCUUGCUGCUGGCCAAAGUACUUUGUGCCUUUUGUGCUGAUGCUGUUACAUCCUUGACUCAUACCAGCCACUGAGUGGGGUGGGGGGGUUAGUUCCCACGGCUCCUAUGGUGCUGCCUUUCUAGAUAGGAUAGUGCGGAUGCAGUGCUUUCCUUACAGCUUUUCACUUGCUGCUGGAUGGACAUGAUGCCAAAGCUUAGGCCUAAAGGCCCCCUCAUUUCUUUUUUUAAAAUAACAAUUUGUAUAUAAAGUGCUGGACUGAGCAAUGUUGAAUUUUUCCUGUGUGCCUUGUCUUGUUUCCCUCUCUCAAUUCAGUCCUAGUUCAAGAUGGGAGGGGACCAGCUCCCUAUCUGCACAGAUAUACUAAUAGUGAAGAAACAUAGCUGGGGUGGGGUGCAGGUACUACUCUGUAUGCCUGUUGGGGUGGGAAGCCCACUUGCACAAAACUUACACUUUCCUGGUUACCCUCUAUCUUCUUAGGUUGGUUUCCCAACUGUACCUGUUGGGGGAGGGGUAACAGGAGACAACCCACUCACAUGGGAAGCAAUUUGAGGAUUUGGGAAGUGUUCUAAAUCUGUAUCAUGGCAGAAAUAAACCUCGUCACUCCCAUCACUUGGAAUGCGAGAUUUUAUUAUACAUCCUCCUCAUUGCUUCAGGGGAGAUGUUUGUGUGUGAACCCAGCUAUGUGACUGAGGGCUAGCUGUGGGAAAAUAAUUAUGCUGGCUGUAGCAAAGCAGUGGUGUAAGGUCUUGGCACCUACAGAAACAAGUACCAUAAGCCUUAUCUCAGCUCCUUUUUUUAGGCCGUGCUUUUCACCUCCUGCUGUUCUGGGUUUUGGCCAACCAAGCACUCUAAACAGCUGAUGCUGUUUCUCCCAGUGCAGCUCUUAACAUGAAAGGGUGCCUGUACUAUCGGGAGAAGGAGUAUGGGCAUUUUCAGUGGUGGUCCUACAACAAAAGUUUCCAAGCAAGAGGCCGGUCAUCUUCAACACUUCUGAUGGGGAGGGGACUGAGAGCUGGAUGUCUCCUACAAUCUAAGUGGGUAGCCUUUAAAAACAAAAUAGACACCUUGCUCUGAAGUCUGGUGAAAUGAUGGUGGAAAUCAAUAAAAAAGGUCAAAGAAGACAUUCAGUACUAAUUUAUUAAAAUAGCCUGAUG